AUGCUGAAAUUGAGUUAUAAUCAUUUGCCAUCUCAUUUGCAAAGGUGCCUAACUCGUUUGUCAUUGUUUCCAAAGGAUACUAUUUAUGAUACUGAUUAUAUCAUCCAAUUCUGGAUGGCCAUUCGACUUACUGAAAGCCCCAAGCAAAACGAAGAGUGGGAAGAUGUUGGGUUACGAUAUUUCAAAGAAUUAUGGUCGAGGGGUUUUGUCCAAGAUGUCGAGGUUGAAUAUACAUAUUACACAUUUAAAAUCCGUGACCUAAUACAUGAUCUCUUGUCAAAUGUGUCUCAAGAUGACUUUUUAACAAUUUAUCCUCAUACAAUAAAUGCGGCUGAUCAUAUUCGACAUCUGUCAUUUUUGGGUGAUAAUCCAUUGAGAGCUCCACAGUCAUUUUUGAAGAAUUUAAAAGGUGUGCGGACAUUGGUGAUCCUACCUUCUUCAGGAAGAAAUAGGAUAAUUGAGGAACAUUUUGUAAAUGCUUCCAUCUUGAAUUUCAAGUUCCUGCGGCUACUUGAUCUCUCCUAUUCAUUUUUGGAAGUAUUGCCCAAUUCCGUUGGCACCUUGAAGCAUUUAAGAUAUCUUGACUUAUCCAGGUGUUAUAGAAUGAGCAAGCUUCCUCGUUCUAUCUAUAAGCUUCAAAGCUUGUUGACAUUAAGAUUGUUGGAUAUUGAUUGCCAAUUGCAACUGCCUCGCAAUUUGCAAAGUUUGGUCAAUCUCAGAUUCCUAGAUCUAACCGAGAUUCUCAUGGGAAAUUAA